CACUCCCAAAUUUAUCGCGCCUCGAAACGCGUCGGAAUACAUUUCCAAGGUUACGUGACGUGACAAUUUCGAAGUCUGACGAACCUUUCCUAUUUCGCACAAUCGCGAUAUUCCCAAAGUUUCAUUUUCGAGUACAUGACUCUUGCGCGACAAAGAUUCUGACCCUGAAUACGAGCUGCCCGACCGGCAGCGCCUACCGCGACCAUGUAUAUCAAGCAGAUUAUUAUCCAAGGCUUUAAGAGCUACAAAGACCAAACGGUCAUGGAGCCCUUUUCGCCGGGUACGAAUGUCAUUGUUGGUCGUAACGGUUCCGGAAAGAGUAACUUUUUCGCUGCGAUACGAUUCGUGCUGAGUGAUGCGUAUACGCAAAUGACUCGAGAGGAACGCCAGGCACUUUUGCACGAAGGUUCGGGCUCGGCAGUCAUGUCUGCGUACGUUGAGGUCAUUUUUGACAAUAGCGACGACCGAUUCCCGACAGGAAAUAAAGAGGUUAUUCUAAGGCGCACAAUUGGUCUGAAGAAGGACGAGUACUCGGUCGACAAGAAGGUUUCCACCAAGGCAGACGUCGCGAACCUUUUGGAGGCAGCCGGAUUCUCGAGAUCGAACCCUUACUAUAUCGUUCCGCAAGGUCGCGUUACGGCCCUUACCAAUAUGAAAGAGUCAGACCGAUUGAACUUGCUCAAGGAGGUUGCCGGUACGCAAGUCUACGAAUCUCGCCGCGCGGAGUCGCUUAAGAUCAUGACGGAAACCAAUAAUAAACGAGAGAAAAUCGACGAACUACUCGAUUACAUCAAAGAGCGUCUGAGUGAACUCGAAGAAGAGAAGGAAGAGCUACGCGAUUAUCAAGACAAGGAUCGCGAGCGUAGAUGCUUGGAGUACGCCUACUAUCACAAAGACCAAGUUGCCACGCAAGAAGCUCUAGAAGAAUUGGAAGACAAUCGGCAAGGCGGCAUGGAAGAUGCCGAUGAGAAUCGCGAGACUUAUAAUGCAGGUGUGAAAGUUAUCGCUACGUUGGACGCCGAGAUUCACAAACUCCAGCAGCAAAUGGAGCUCCUUCGUAUAGAUCGUCGACAGCUCGAUGAAGAUCGUCGAGAGAGCGCCAAGGCAAUCGCACAUGCCGAAUUAGCAGUCAAGAACCUUACGGAUGGCAUGUCGGCCCAAGAACAAGCUAAACAGCAGCAUGAUGCGGAGUUAGAAGAGGUAAAAACUGCAAUAGCACAGAGAGAGGCCGAACUUAAGAAGUUGAUCCCCGAUUUCGAGAAAGCGAAGCGGAAGGAGGCAGAGAUCAAGCAGGCUCUCGACUCCGCAGAAGCUGGUCGGCAACGUCUCUUCACAAAGCAGACCCGAGGAAGUCAAUUCAAGAGCAAAGGAGAGCGUGAUGCAUGGUUGAGAAAAGAGAUAGAUGAUCUUAAUGUGACGCUGAGUCAGCAAAGAGCGAAUCGCCUCGAUGCUGACGAAGAAGUCAAGUCUAUCCAGGCAGGAAUCCAACAACUCGAGGACGAGAUCGCGGUCCUGCGACAGAAAAACGAAGGAUUUGGCGACAACCGGCUAGCUAUCGCCGAAGAAGUCACUAGCGCGAAAGACGUCCUUGACAAGCUCAAUGAGGAGAGAAAGCUUCUUCGUCGACAAGAUGACAAGUUGGAGACGAUCAUUGCAAAUGCCCGAGGCGAGCUGGACAACUCCGAGCGAGAAUUAUCCCACACCAUGGAUCGAGUCACCUCGCGAGGUCUAGCAACCAUACAGCGAUUAAAGCGUGAAGGCAAUUAUCCCGGCGCAUACGGCACAUUAGCCGAGCUCUUAGAAGUUAACGAAGCAUACCGAUUACCCGUAGAGCAGGUUGCUGGCGCUAGCUUAUUCCAUUACGUGGUCGACGACGAUAGAACUGCCACCGAACUAGCCAACGCACUUCAGAAAAACUACGGGGGAAGAAUCACAUUCAUGCCACUCUCUAGGCUGAAACCGCGAAAUGCAAAUCUCCCUAGAGCCAAUGAUGCAGUACCGUUGCUUAGCAAACUCCAGUAUAAUCCGCAAUACGAGAAGGCUUUCCAACAAGUCUUCGGCAGCACAAUCAUUUGCCCCAAUCUUACCAUUGCUAGCCAAUAUGCGCGAAGCCACGGCGUACACGGUGUUACUCCAGAUGGAGAUACCUCUAACAAACGUGGCGCGAUGACUGGUGGGUAUAUCGACACUCGAAAGUCACGCUUGGAAGCAGUUCGAGCUGUCAAUAAGUGGAGAGAAGAAUAUGAGAAAUUGCAGUCUCAGGCCGGCGACAUACGAAGGCAAAUAGAACGAAAAGACCAAGAGAUCACUAAUGCGCUAGGCGAAGAGCGCAGAUUAGCUCAAAGACUUCGGCAGAUGGAAGAUGGUUAUGGACCCCUCCGCGCAGAAUUAAAUGCUAAGAAUAACCAAGCCGGUCGUGAAAGGGAUCGACUCGAAGCCGCGAUCAAGCGACGAGACAUUGUUGAAAGGAAUAUGAAGCAAUUCCAGGACAACCUAAGUGCACAUCAGGCCGAGUUGGCUUCAGACUUUAAGAAGGUUUUGACGGCGAACGAGGAAAAGCAACUGGAGAGUCUGGGUGCUAGUGUGCAAGAGCUGCAGAAGGAGUGGAAUGAAAUUAGCAGCAAACGGAGAGAGCUCGAAAAUCGCAAGCGAAAGCUGGAGUUAGAUCUACGAACCAAUCUCCAGCUCAAGCUUGAUCAGCUCACCAGUCAAGCAUUCGAGACUGCUACUAGUGGUAGCAGCAAUUUAAAGGAAGCUAAACGAGAGCUCAAGAAGGCCAAAGAAACGGCAACUUCUGUUCACAACAAGAUUCAGUCAAAUGACAAACAGAUCGACUCUGCUGAAUCUACGAUCGCAAGUCUAGAGAAACAGAAAGCGGAGAGAGAGGCGCAGCAACAAGAAAUUGCAAGGGAGAUCAAGAAGCAGGAGAAGAGAAUAGAUAAAAACAGGCAAAAGAAGGCCCUGUUAACAGCAAAAGCAACGGAAUUGGCGAAGAAUAUCCGUGAUCUCGGUGUCUUGCCAGAAGAAGCUUUCGAGAAAUAUGAGAGGCUCGAGCAUAAAACGGUCAUCUCACGCCUUAAGAAAGUCAACGAUGCCUUGAAGAAAUACAAGCACGUAAACAAGAAGGCUUUUGAGCAAUAUAACAGCUUCACGAAUCAGCAAGAUCAGCUCCUCAAACGCCGCAAGGAACUCGAUCAGUCGCAGGCGUCGAUCGAGGAGCUAGUUGCUCACCUUGAUCAACGUAAGGACGAGGCGAUUGAGCGAACGUUCAAGCAAGUGUCGAAGGAGUUUGCCACCAUCUUCCAACGCUUAGUGCCUGCUGGCCAUGGCCGCCUCGUAAUUCAACGCAGGGCCGAUCGACGAAUCGAUCCGGAUGAUUCCGACGAGGAGCAACGCACCAGCGUAGAAAACUACACAGGUGUCGGUAUCAGUGUUUCUUUCAACUCCAAAACCGCGGAUGAGCAGCAACGUAUUCAGCAACUCUCUGGUGGUCAGAAGAGUCUGUGCGCUCUCUGUCUUAUUUUUGCCUUGCAACAGACAGAGUCUAGUCCCAUGGUCAUCUUUGACGAGGUCGACGCCAACUUGGACGCCCAGUACAGAACCGCCGUCGCUGGACUUCUCCAGUCCAUCUCAUCCGAAGCUGGCACGCAGUUCAUCUGCACCACCUUCCGACCGGAAAUUGUUCACGUUGCCGACAGAUGUUACGGUGUCUUGUUCAGAAAUAAGUUCAGUACCAUCAACUGUGUGAGCAGGGAGCAAGCCCUGGAAUUCGUCGAAGGUCAAGCACCUAGAUAGUCAUGACAACGGUGGGGUCGGGGCUUGUGUGUAUAUGAUGGUCUUCGGAAGAGGAGUUUACAGUUGAGUCGCGUUGUUAUACCACGGGACAUUUGGGAGGAAUUGGUGCUAUUAUUUAUUACUACUACUGUACGGUUGAGCUUAUGAUUU